AUGCCUGCGUCUAUUGGUGUCAAUUUACGUGUAACUGGCCACUGCAGCCAAGGCGGGAGAAAGUAUAUGGAAGACUUGUUUUCCGUUGCUUAUCAACAAACUGAAGACGAAAGAGACUUGGAGUAUGCUUUCUUCGGAAUAUAUGAUGGCCAUGGCGGGAGUGAGGCUGCAGCCUUUGCGAAGGAGCAUUUGAUGGACUCUAUCGUGAAGCAGAGGCAGUUCUGGUCGGACAACGAUGAGGAUGUACUCAAAGCAAUCAGAAAUGGUUACAUGUUGACCCACUUGAACAUGUGGAAAGAGUUAGAAAAAUGGCCAAAAACUGUAACAGGGUUACCAAGCACUGCAGGUACUACGGCAAGCAUAGCUUUUAUACGCCGUGGGAAAAUAUAUAUUGGACAUGUUGGGGAUUCAGCGAUUGUCCUCGGUUACCAGAAAGAUGGUUGUGAGGAGUGGGCUGCAAAACCAUUGACAUCAGACCACAAACCAGAAUCCACAACUGAAAUAGAGCGCAUCCAAAGAUGUGGUGGGAAGGUUGUCUCAAAGGCAGGAGUCCCACGAGUUGUGUGGAACAGACCACGACUAGGACACAAGGGUCCUAUCAAGAAGAAUACACCUAUGGAUGAGAUUCCAUUCUUAGCAGUAGCAAGGUCACUUGGUGACUUGUGGAGUUACAAUCCUCAAAAUGAUGAGUUUAUAGUCAGUCCCGACCCUGAUGUCGGUGUUUUGACUAUAGAUCCGUCCAAAUUUCGAUGUCUGAUAUUCGGCACUGAUGGCCUGUGGAAUAUGAUCUCACCAGAGGGCGCCGUCAGUUUAGUUCAGGCGACAGAGCGGCACAAUGAAGCCGCUCUCGUAGGUGGAAACGGAAACCAGCCGAGGGACUGGUUGAACCCUUCCAAGAGUCUAGUGGAUCAUGCUCUGGAGAGAUGGUCCAACACCAGAAUGCGCGCGGACAACACGUCGGUGGUGACGUUGAUGCUGGACCCGCCCGGGCCCCCGCGCGCCACCGUGCUCCGCUCCCGCAGCAGCGCGCAGCGGCCGCAGCAGCCUGCCGCCCCCGCCGCGCCCGCCGCGCGACCGGACCCGCCGCCCGGCGCCGUGCCGCAGAACGGGCUCACCAUUAUGACGCGCUACUCGGACGCGGAGCGCGCCGCGGCCCCGGCCUCCGCCCCCGCCACGCCGACCGCGCCCGACACUCCCCUGCCGCCCUGCGCCACGAUUGACACUCGCUUGUCCACUCCGGCGCCUGAUGACACGCCGCCACGGGAUUUGUCGGAUACUGAAGACAGUGAUGCCAUUGUGAAUUAUGGAAAUCCAGCUGAAUCAUAUUUUAUGGCUCGGCUUCUGAAUCGAACACGCGUUAUCAAUACUUUGUCGGCUGUUCAUGACGAAAUCGCCGGUAGCCCGGUUCAACGAGAGCCCUCGGAAUCUCGCGAGCCUGCAGCCGCUUCAGCCACCGUGGUGCCCGAACUCGAUGCAGAAUCUGACGCAUCCACCGCCAACCGUCCUCCUCUCCCGCCCCGCACGGUCUCCAGUGAAUCCUCCACAUCCGUUACGGAAUCUGGAAAUACAUCAGAUGACGAUGGUGGUAUACAAAUCAAUGAAGUUUCUUCAAGUUCACCAACAGAGGGUCCACCAAAACCUCGCGGGCGUCGGCCCCGCACGGAAGUGAAGCGCGAGCAAUCAGCCGGAGCCCCCGACCGAGUGCUCCGCUCCCACCACGAGCCCGAGCCCCCGCAGCGCCCACACACGCGCCAGGCCACGCGCGCCCGUCCUGCACCUACUCCUGCGCCGGCGCCACCCAUGGACCGCGUCGUCAUCAUCACCAGGCGGGCUCCUGCGGCGCCGGCAACUCCAGCACCCCCGCCACCGCCCAGAACCGAUCGUCUGGCGACCGGGGACACCAAACCUGCGGGGAGACGCAUCGCUCCAGCACCUGUGGAAAGCGUGACCAUCGACGAAGAUUCCAAGAGGAAUGGUACUCGUGCUACGCGAUCUCAGGGCACCCCAGUCGUAACCCCAUUGGCACAAAAAAUCACCCGCAGCAUCGGGCUGUACGCUCGCGAGCUGCGAGGCGCGGCGGCGGCGGCCGCGGCUGCGGCAGGUGCGCGGGCGGGAAACUCGGCGCGCGCCCCGGGCCCGGCGCGGCGGGCUCCGGCGGCGCGCCGCCCGCCUCCCGACCGCUCCAAGGAGAACCUCGGCGCCGCGAGGGGCCGCGCGCGCGCCCGCGCCGUGCCCGCCGCCUCGCCGCCCCCGUCGCACCCGCACCCCUCGCACCCGUCGCCCCCCUCGCACCCAUCGCCGGCCCGCCCGCGAACAAGACGCGCGGAUAGUGCACGCGACGACUCCGAGGUACACUCCACCACCACGGAGCCGCCUCCACCGUCGGCAUGCGCUGGAGCACCCGCGCCAGCAGCUCCUGCCAGGCCACGAGCGCUACGUUCGCGUAACGAUACAGCAGAGCCCGUACGCUCCGUGCGAGAUCAAGGAGCAUGCAAGCGCACGCGGUGCGGAGAUGACGGUGGCGGUGGCGCGAGUAAGACUGCGCGGCUGGCGCCUGAGCGUUGCGCGCGGGCGCUGGGUAAGCGAGCGACGGGCCCGUGGGCGCCGGCACUAGCGCUACGUAACCGCUUGCGCCGACGGUUAGCCAAGUAG